AUGUUAUCUGGUAAAAAGGUCUGUAGGAAGUCCCCGCGUACAAAAUCCAGCAUUUUUCACCUCACUUGCACACUUCCACCUCACCACGCUCAGUCAAUAUCCCCAAAGAGAGCCCAGGAAAGGGCUAAUGAUGCCAAAUUCUAUGGGUUGUCAAACCCAUACUAUAAACAAUCAGAGUAA